AUGACCUGUCCCGAAUUUCGCGACAGCCGUUGGGGCUUCGUUUCCGUAAAUCCUUAUGUUCUCCAAAGCCAUUUCCAAUUAACCAAGUCUUUUAGUGGGGCGACGUCGCAUGAAGUCCGGGACCACUUCCUUCAGUGGGCUCCACACGAGUUAGAAUCAAGACUGAAACCAGGUAUACCUACUCAUAAAGCAUUUGGGCAGUGGGCAAGCGAGACAGCUCGCUAUCGGUACUGCCUCUUCGUGGACGACAUAUGCUUAGAGUCGUUGGACCAUGAGACUCGCAAUUGCCCAGUUGUCAAGGUGCUUGAGAAGGAUUGGGGUCCCCUGUCUCUAGCAGAGAGGCAGUACGAGAUCCAUCCUGAUUUUCACGACGGCGAAACUGAUGAUGGCGAGGAGGAAGUCGGUUGGAUGUAUUUGCCUGUUUUUGACUACUUGAACUGGUACGAUAUACUGACCGAGGAGGAUGCUUGGUGGCCCUUCUACGUCCGUCCACCAUACAUCGACUGGGCGGAGACGAAGGAUGACCUUGUGGGCUCAUGGAGAAAUAAAUAA